AUGCAAAUGUCGUCCUCGGAAGAAUUGUUCCGGAGUUUUUUCCGCAUAUUUUCGGAGCAUCUGAAAAAGAACCGCUUGAUAAGUGAGUUUAUCAGUCAGAGACAGGUAUUGAUUAAUUCUUCGAAAAACUGGGUUAGUACACUGGUGAAUACAAAUGCUGCGAUCAAAGAAAUGGCUGGCCUGAUGGAUCAAGUAAACAAAUUUUAUCAGGAUCAUCCUGUUGCUUCUGGGCAGCCAAUGUCUGUGCAGGAGGUUGCGCUUGGUUUCAUUGAUGUGGCCAAUGAGGCAAUGUGCCGUGCAAUACGGUCCAUCACGCAGGGAAGAGGACACGACACAUCGAAACACACACUGGCUUGUUUUGGUGGAGCUGGUGGGCAGCAUGCAUGCGCUAUUGCUAAAAAAUUAGGUGUAUUU